ACGCCAGAAUUGUACCCUACCAAUCUUAGGGCACUCGGUAUCGGAAUGGGGUCAGCGGCAGGUAGAAUAGGAGGAAUGGUAUCCUCAUUUGCAGCUUUGUUUGGUACCUACGUACCUUGGGGACCAGGUGUCGUGUUUGGCUCUCUGUCACUACUGGCCACGAUAUCCUUCUUAUGGUUACCCGAAACAACUGGGAAGGAGCUAUCUAAUACUCUCCAGGAGGCCUUGAGUUUCCAUGCCCUGAAAGACAAAAAAAGAAAGACACCAGUGGUUUCUUUAAUUAAAAUAACUAACAUUGAGAGGACAGUUGUAACCCCCACCAAACCCACCCCCGAAUUUUGUCAUUAAAAAAACUCUUUAUUCUAUAUUUAGCUUUAUCAAAUGCUUGCCAUUGCCUUAAUAACAACAGUUAAGAUGCGGGAAACUGAGUUGUUUGACAUUAUCUC